AUUUUGCUGGGUGGCAACCUUUUGGAUGCGUCUAGUUGUGUGUCUUCUGCAAGCGAUGUGCAAUUUUUAAAUUAAAACAUCAGUCAACUAAAUAAAUUAAGAGUGUGUGGGGCGUUGUCUUUCUUCAAAUCAACAGUGACGACACGAAAAAACACUAAAAAAGGAGCGCGAGAGAAAGUUGGCCAAGACAGACACACAUCUUUAAAACUUCGAUUUCUCGUUUUAAGCGGCUUUGUUCAAGGUCGUUGGCAGUUGGCAUUUGUUGCCGACGAGCAGACAGACGGUCGGACUGACGGACACAUACACUUAUUGGCAGAAAAGAUAAAAUAUAAAAUGGCCAUUAGUUUUGAGAAGAACCGCUCUCAAAUAGUGGAUGCCUGGAAGGAUGUUCUGGAUGAUAAAAGCACCACGAAUUGGUCACUUUUUGGAUAUGAGGGCCAAACGAACGAACUGAAGCUUGUGGGAAAGGGGGACGGUGGCGUGGACGAGCUAAGUGAAGACUUGAACAGUGGAAAGAUUAUGUAUGCGUUUCUGCGAAUCGAAGACCCAAAAACUGGCCUCAAUAAAUACCUGCUCGUGAACUGGCAGGGCGAAGGCGCACCUGUUCUACGUAAGGGAACUUGUGCCAACCACAUUCAUGACGUCAGUAAGUUUCUCUCCGGUGCCCAUUUGACGAUCAAUGCCCGCAACGAGGAUGACAUUGAUCUGGAGCGAUUGCUCAAGAAGCUAAGCACGGUUAGCUCGGCGUACAGCUUCAAGGAGCCUCGGGGCAUUGUGGACGAGCAGAAGGUGCCAGUUGGCACAAACUACACACGCGUUAUUCCCACCAAGGAGCUUAAUGCCAGCGUCAUGCAGGAUUUCUGGAAGAAGGAGGAGGCUGAGGAGAAGCGUCGCCUGGGGGACGAGAAGGAAGCCAAGCGCUUGGAGGUCCAGAAACUCGAGCAGGAGCAGCGGGCUCGCGAAGAGAAGGAGCAUAAGGAACGCGAAAAACUGGUCAUAAGCACGACAAAACUGCAACCUGCGCAUAUACCCAUUAAAACCUCGCCGCAGCCAUUGAGUCCGGAAAAAACGUCUGCUAACUUUGCCAAUAACUUGACGGACGCAGACCGAAUGCGUCAGGCACGAAAUCAGGAGGCACGGGAAUUGAUUGGAUCGCGGGUGGGUGCUGCCAAGGCCAUGUUUACCAAGCACACCAGUGAGGGUCAGCUGCAAUCAAAACUCAACACGCAACCGCCGGCAAAGCCAGCCCGUAAUUCAAUUGCACAGCGCAUCAAUGCGUUCAAUCACAACGAGACUCAGGACGCAGGAGCAUCCUUGUCUCCACGGUCAAUAACACCCAAUAAAUCGCCUGUCAUUACUUCAGCCGUCGCCGAAGCGCCUCCGUCGUCCGUUGAGGCGCCUCCAAUCGUUGCCGUUGCCGUUGAUGUAGUUUCCACUGUUUCCACUGAAGCUAUAAGCGAAGAGGAAGCGCAGACAGCUGAGGAUCUACCGCUGGCCCAUGAGAGUGAACAGUUCUCCACAAUUAAACGGUCUCCGCACAGUAAAACAAAUUCGGUGCAAUCUCAGUCGCCGGAUGAGACGACAUCGUCCAAUGAAACCGACACGGCUGUCUACAAGAAGGAGGCGGAGGAGGAGGAAGAGGUGCGCACCAAAGUGUCCGUUACAGUGCAGCAAUCGCAGUCGGUAAAGACUUCCGGACUUAGCACACUGGAGCGUAAUGCAUUGACGGACUUGGUCAACGAAGAUGAUUUUAUCUGCCAGGAGAGCUUAGGUGACUUGGGAUUACGUGCACGCGCCUUGUACGAUUACCAGGCAGCUGAUGAAUCGGAGAUUACUUUUGAUCCCGGCGAUGUGAUAACACACAUUGAUCAAAUAGACGAAGGCUGGUGGCAGGGACUUGGUCCCGAUGGAACCUAUGGACUUUUUCCGGCAAACUAUGUCGAGAUUAUUAACUGAUAAACUGAUGAACAAUUUAGCAAUGCUUAUCCAUAUCUAAUAUGGCAACUGCAAAGCAGCUACAUCAAUUUUUUGCUAGAUAUCUACACAUUAACAGCCAUAGCUGUACUUUAUAUCGGAACUAUUUAAAUACACCUAAAUAUAAAUAUAUAUAUAUGAUGAAACGGC